CGAGGAUCGUGCAUCAUAAGUAUCUACAACCGCAGUUCAAAAUAAUAUAUGAACUUCAUAUAUUCAUCGUAUCUGAAUCACCAUUAACAUAGGCUGCAAGAAAUUGGUCUGUAAUGACAGGACUUAAAAAAUACAUUCCUAAAUUACACAACAGACUGCACUUUCUACUGAGAAUAGUUUUUACAUCAAGAUUAGGAGGCAAGAGAUUUACAGACUUUUCAACUGUAUUCCCAACAUUCCAAAUAUUUAUUUUCGUCUCUGAGAAGCCAAGGAAACUAAGUCAUGGAAACUAAGUGAAAAGUUGCGUCUUGCAGUGCACCGCAGCAAAAACGAUGAGUACUUUUACGGGAAAGUUCAGAGAAUAUCCGUUGAUUUCGGCUGACAAUUUUGAAAGGGGAAACCUUGACAGCUUGGCUUUUUUCCUUUCGCACUGUCAUAAAGAUCAUAUGGUUGGAUUAGACUCUGCAGCCUUACACCAUAGAUUAAAGGCAAGCAAAACUGUUUUCCUGUAUUGUUCUGAGACUACAGAGAAUUUGUUGAUGAGCAACCCAACAUACAGUCAUCUCAAAGAUUACAUUUGCAGUAUACCUUUGGACCAGCAGACAAUAGUUCCACUCAUAGACGACAAGACAGGAGAGCGAAGUUCUCUUUGUGUCACAUUGUUGCCUGCUGGACACUGCAUUGGAUCUGUCAUGUUCUUAUUUGAAGGUCCUCGUGGCAAUGUGCUCUAUACAGGUGAUUUUCGCUUAUCCAAAGGAGAUGCAAGGAGAAUCUCAUUCUUCCAUACCAGUGAAGGCAUAAAAGACAUCAAAAGCAUUUACGUUGACACAACAUUUUGUCUGCCAAAAAUGAAGUCCUUGCCAAGUCGGCAACAGAGCAGAGAGGCUGUUAUAAAACUCAUGGACAGAUGGUUUACCAGAGGUCCUGAAUAUGCCGUUAGCUUGUUAUGCAAAGGAAUGUGUGGAUUUGAAUAUUUACUGAAGGAAGUAGCAAUGAAUUAUAGAACGAAGAUCCAUGUCAGUUCUGAACGGCUUGAUAUGUACAGAUAUCUGCCAGACAUGACUCCUUAUUUCACAACUGAUGGUGAAUCUACCAAGAUACAUGCAUGCAAGUGGCAGGCCAACCAAAGGUGUGACUCAGACCUCCCGUGUGGUUCUUCCGUUCACCCCUCUCUGAAGACAAAGGUUCUGCGGAUUAAGCCAACAACUAUGUGGGUUGCACAUGGCACAGAACCCAUGCCUAAAGACUUCAAAAGAUAUGACAAGGGAAAAAAGCUAUGGAGAGUUGUUCAUUCAAUGCAUGCAUCAUUGGAAGAGAUCGAGGAUCUAGUAGGGUACCUCAGACCUUAUCAUGUGUUCCCAAAUGUACCACCUGCAGGACUGGAUACCUUAGCGGACGCAUUCGAAAGACUGAAAGGCCUUACUCGCAUUCAGGAUUGUGAAUCUUGUAACCAAGACGAGUCUGUGGAGGACGGAUUCAGACAACACGCUGCUCAUCUCAGCGGGGAGGGUGUCACUAAAGACAAACAGUCAUUGGAGGAAAAAGCUGCCCUGGGAAAGAUUCAGCUUUGUGCAUCACCAAAGCCUAAUGAGAGGGUUCUUGCCCAAUGCAAGGAGCUGGGACUGAACGAUGACGAGGCCCUCACACCACCUCCAAAACGACGUAGAUGUAGACGUCAAGGUAUAGCUUUGGAGGAGAAGAUUUCUGUGUCACAGGAUCCGCAAGGAAGCUAUACUGGAAAGGUUUGCACAAGCGUAUCACAGGAAACUCAAGGGAGCCCCUUUGGUGUGGUAAACACAGCUGUACCACAGCAUUCUAGCGAGAGCUCUUCUGGUAAAGUCGACACCUCUGUUUCACAGCACACCCAAGGAAAAUCCUCUAACGAGGUUAAGAUAAGUGUGUCACAGCACACCCACACUAACGAACACGAGUCCAUAAAAGAAGGAAAUCACAUGAUUCUUCCAAAAUUUGAAGAUAACCAAGCGAGAACUACGAAAUUUUGCGAGAAUUCAUGGUGUCCUUCAGAAACUGAAAAGGAAGCUGGGGAUGAAAACCGAACAGAUUGUCGAGUAUCUGAAGUUUUGAGCAAUACAGUUCUUUUGGAACAAACCUGUCAUAGUCAAAACUUUCGUGGUGGUAUUGCUUCUCAUACAAUUGACCACAAACCUAUUGCCGACAUGAGGACAAUAUCGAGUAUUUCAGUCUCGGAUGAAGAGUUUUCAGAGUCGAAUCAAAAAUAUAGUCAGGGUUCAAUGGGUGGGGAGCCAAGAUUGAAAGCAGACUUUGAUGUUCCACCCUCCCCGGGGCAUGUAAAACCACUCCCUGACAAGCUGUCUGCAAUUCAUAAACUGCUAAGAAGUGAUGAAUCAAUAUCGAUUACAAAUAUGCUCAAAUUUUGAGACGGAAGUACUUAAACCUCAUCAACGACUAUUUCUUUUUCUUUGUUUAAUUUUCUUUUUUCUCAAGCUUCGGUAGCUGUUGCGACGGGCGUAGCUUGAUUUUUACCCGUCGGAGGGUGGGUAAGUGUCUGCUAUUCAUGUGCUUUUCUGCAGUAUUUCAGGGCAAACUUAACCUUUUGAA